AUGAAAGAUUUCAUUUUCUGCGGAAUCAAUGCAACCUACUCUGUUCUGAUCAAUAAUCGGCCACAGGGAGAAAUCGCAGCCCGCUGUGAGUACAGCCACAUCGACGGAUCGAUUGUUUCCGAUGAAGUUCGGCUGAAGCAGGCCACUCCACCAGCCGCGCCAAAGGUAACGGCUCUGUGUUCGGGCCCUGGCGCGGUGAUUUUCGGCGUCACAAACCCCCUUGUCUCGCCGGAGAGCGAAGCGACCGACAAAAUUGUCAAUCAACGCGUUCUUUUCGCUCCCACAGCCGAGUUCCAUUCUGCGUCUAACCUGGCAAGUAAGAUCAUCAUUCUGGACAAAAAUGGUCAGCCACAAUCAGAGAAAACAGUCGACGGAAAUGAAGAGGAAGUACAGGAGGCCCUGGAAAAGCAGAAUCAGCAGAUCGAGCACAGCAGGCACCACGAGCGCCCAGUUAUGUCUACCAUCCCCCUGACAAACCUCCUACCAGGGACUAAUUACACGUUUGAGUGGUCCUCGGCCAACCAGUUCCACCUUACCACCACCAUCCAGUUCGUAACGGCGACCGAUCCCCUCGAAGCACCACGGAAACCAACUCACUUUGUUUUCCUCGUGCCCACCUCAAAUCACUUGCGAAUAUCCGUUUUCCUUGACGACCCGUGCCCCUACGACAACGGUGGCCGUGCCGAGCUAAACAAUAUCCUGAUUCGCUACCGCAAAGCCGCACAGCAAUUGGGUCAGGGUUUUGGUGGAGGCAAAGCGUUGGUCGGCUACGGCAACUGGUCAGAGACACACGCGUGCUUCCAGAAUCAGUUGAAGGAUCCCCGACUUCUUGCCAACGACAUUCAACAAAACCAACAAAUCAAGUGGUCUGGUGACUCGGUAAUCCAAUGCGACGUUCCAGUCGAUGACCCCGGUGCCGACCUCGAAGUGGCUGUGGCGACGAUGAACAGGUAUGGAGUAUCACCAUGGGUCCCGUCAAUUUACCGAGCAUCUGAAGCUCUAAAUGCGGCCUACUUCUACACAACGGCAGCACAUCAGUUACUUGCAUCGGUUACCUCCGCUAUUCCCAUUUUGUUGUUAGUGCUUCACUACUAG